AUAUUGGAUUACGUCGUGUGUACGCCACAGAAAUUUAUAAUACAUUACCAUCAUAUUUACUCUAUGCCCGAUUAUAUGCUAAACUAUCAACCUUAUUACUUAUAAAAAAAUAUUAUUCUCGUCAUGAUGUUAAAAUAAAUGCACUUGUAUAAAAUAUCAAGCACUAAAAACGAAAUAACCUCAGUAGUUUAGGAAUUGUGGUAAAUAUUUGAGUUUCUUUUGUUUAUGAAUAUAUUUGUAUAUAAUUUAGCGACGGCAUGUCAGAUUCCGAAGUAGAGUUUGAAAGUGCUGAUGAAGGCAGUCAAGGCGGAGAUGGAUGGGAAAUCGAAAGCGAUUUUGACCUACCAGAUGUUAAACCUGUGUCAGUAGAAUCAAAGCCAACUGGAACAAAAUUGUCUACAUUAUCCAAUGUAUCUGAUAAAGUGGAUAUUGAACAAAAUGCAAAAUGUGAGGACACGAAACAACCUGGGCUAAAUGAUGCAUCUGAUGCAGUUUCAACAGUACAGUCUAAAUUGAAUGAAUUAGCUGUAAACAAUGACAACAGCACAAAAUCUGGACCCCAAAUUUCUAGAGUUGUUGAAAACGAAGUCAAACAAACUAGCACACAAGGUUGGGGUGGUUGGUCCAGUGGUUGGAGUGUUAACUCACUUUUAUCAACAGCGAGUGCAUUAACAAACCAAGUUUCUCAAGGUAUAACUAAUGUUAUCGGAGCACCAGCACCUGAACAGUUAGCGUCAGUAGAUAAAGAUAAAGAAAUAAAAGAUUUAAAGGAAACAAAAGACAAUAUAGAUGAAUUAACUGUAGAACCAUCAGAAUCAAUAUUGGACACCAAUUAUUUUCUGAGCAAUGUAAGUCAGAUCACAAAAAUUGUUGAAACUACUGGCAGUAAAAUUAUCAGUGGAGGUCUUGAUACAUUAGAAACAGUGGGCAAGAAAACUUUAGAAGUGUUACAAGACGGUGAUCCGGGUUUGCGAAAAAAAAGAGCUAUAUUUUUUCAAAAUACUGAAAAAAUUAAUCUGUCACAGGUAUUACAAGAAGCUAAAGAAAAAUCUGAAGUUGAAUCUAAACAAAAUAAUCAAGUUGAAAUAAGAAAAGGAUAUGCAUAUUUGUUAGAUAGUUUUCAAGGAUUAAUUCAUUUAGAGAGUCUUGAACUAUUAUCAAAACAAUGUCAAAUGAAACUCCAAACUGUUUUGUUGUCAUACUCAGGAGCUCAGUUAACCGAUAUUCAAGAUAAAUUGGAUCAAAUAAAGGAUUUGUGUUAUCUUGAUUUUGAGGAUGAUGAAAAAAUAAUGACCAUAGAAGAGUUUAAAAAUUCUCUAAUUACUUGUAUUAAUCAAAUAAGCACUGAUGUAAAAACUGAGAAGAUCCUUAGAGUUAGUGAAUUGAUUGAUGAAAAAUCAAACAAAGAGUUUGAUAGUGAGGAUAGUAUUCAUGACGAAGCUAUUUCAGCAUUAGCCGAAUUAACUGCAGCUGCAAUGGAAUUGUUCUAUAAGCUAGGGGAAAUGAUAAUGAUUGAUACACAAAAUCAGCUAGUCACUGUGAAAGCUGAACAACUUUCUCUCCUAAAUGAAUCUGUAUGUUGCCGAAUUCGAUUUAUUGCCAAUAAAUAUGCAAGUUUGUUGACGAAAUAUGAUGCUGAUGGUACUUCUAAUAAUAUAAGUGAUGUCUAUCUUGAGUCAUCCAAUAGUAGUUCAUACAUCCAAGAUGCUGCACAAUUGCUGAUACCUAUUUUACAACUAUCAGUUAUUUAAUAAACUAAAUUUUAUUUGUUUUAUUUUUGUAUUAUAUAUUAAUAUUAAACUAAGUUAUUGCAAUAUUAAA